CCGAUAACACCAACUGAAGAGUAAAGACUCACUUGAUCUAUAGAGUGGACAGAGACAACAACAAGAGCAGGAAACAACGACAGCAACAUGGGCUGUUGUUACUCCAGAAUAGAGAGAGAGGAAAUGGUGUCAAGAUGCAAAGCAAGAAAGAGAUACAUGAAACAAUAUGUCAAAGCAAGACAAUCUCUUUCUGCUUCACAUGCAAUGUACAUCCGUUCACUUCGUAGUACUGGAUCAGCCCUCCUUCAGUUCUCCAACAAUGAAUCAGACCACCACCUCCGCCUGCCACCCAUUCACCCUUCUCCACCACCACUUCCACCCACCCCUCCACCACCUCCACCACCUCCAAUGAGUCCAAGUUCAGACACCUGGACGACCACCACCACCACCACAACCGCCGCCUCUCCUCUUCCUCCGCCUCCGCCUCCUCCAGUGGCGGGGUCGGGUUGGGAUUUCUGGGACCCCUUUGUCCCUCCUCCUCCGAUAUCAGUGGAGGAGGAGGAGUGGGAGGUUGUGACCACCACCAUCACGACAUCGGAAAUGGUGGCGGUUGCGCCACCUUCGGUAGCUAGUCGGUUUCCUAAAGAGAACGCUAGUGGAAGUGGAAGUGAGCUUGCUAUGGUGGUUUCAAGAAAUAGUAAAGAUUUAGUGGAGAUCAUUAAAGAAGUUGAUGAAUAUUUUCUUAAAGCUGCUGAUGCUGGCGGUCAACUUUCUCGUGUUUUAGAAGUCUCGAGCCCUAACUUGUCAGCAAGACAAGGCAAAGGAGGUAGAGUUUAUAAUUAUGGGUGCAAUUUGACUAGAACAGCAUCGUGGACAUGGGGUUCAAGCCCAAAACUUGAUGGGUUUGGAAAGAUGAGUGAAGAAAUGGUGGUUAGUCAUGUAGGAAGUGGGGGUGUCGCUCAUGUUAGCCAUUGUUCCACUGUGGAGAGACUAUAUGCUUGGGAGAAGAAACUAUUCAUCGAGGUCAAGAAUGCUGAGAGUUUGAAAAUUGAGCAUGAGAAGAAGGUGGCAUUGCUUAGGAAGCUUGAGGCGAGGAGUGCUGACUAUGUAAAGACGGAGAAGAUCAAGAAAGAAGUAGAGAAAUUGGAGUCCCAAAUGAUAGUUGCUACUCAGGGCAUUGAGACUACCUCUGCUGAAAUCAUCAAAUUAAGGGAGACAGAGCUUUACCCUCAACUCCUUGAGCUUGUGAAAGGUUUAAUGUGCAUGUGGAGAGGCAUGUACGAGUCACACCAGGUCCAGACACACAUUGUUCAGCAGCUCAAAUAUCUCAAAGCUAUCCCAUCUACUGAGCCGACGUCAGAGAUUCAUAGACAGUCGACUCUCCAGCUUGAGCUUGAGGUCCAGCAAUGGCACCAUUCAUUCUGCAAUGUUGUUAAGGCUCAGCGGGACUACAUCCAGUCCCUCACAGGCUGGCUCCGGCUUAGCCUUUUCCAGUUUAGCAAAAACCCAAUUUCCAGAACCAGUCAGGAAUCAAGAAUUUACUCCCUUUGCGAAGAAUGGAACCAUGCAGUUGAUAGAAUUCCUGACAAAGUGGCAUCUGAAGGAAUCAAGAGCUUCUUAACAGUAAUUCAUGCUAUUGUAGUUCAACAAGCAGAAGAGCAUAAGCAAAAGAAGAAGUCAGAAUCUGCAUUCAAGGAGUUUGAGAAGAAGGUUGCUGAGCUUAGAGCUUUGGAGAGCAAGUAUGGUCCGUAUUCAAUGCCUGAAACUUCGAGCACAAUACGCAUCAAGGACCCAGUUACGGAGAAACGAGCGAAGGUUGAGAUCUUGCGGGCAAGGGCAGAGGAAGAAAAGAGUAAGCAUGACAAGUUGAUUAGCGUAACAAGGUCAAUGACAUUGAAUAAUCUCCAGAUGGGAUUCCCGCAUGCUUUUCAGGCAAUGGUGGGUUUUUCGAGUGUGUGUAUGAAUGUUUUUGAAUCGGUAUACAAUCAAGUCAAGAAUGCUGACCAGGAACAUGAUGUGAAGAGAGAACAGAACUAGAUUUAGGAUAAAGAAAAUAUUGGUAAGUAUUAUCCUGUAUAUAUAGAUUGAAGCCUGGAAAGAUUUUGCAUUAUUAAACCUCCAAGAGAUUGAAAAAUAAUCCUGUUCCAGCAACGGUAAACUUCAUGAGCACAGAUGGAGGGCAGCAGGUAGAUCCUUGGUGCAGUUUGUGAUUGGAGGCUUUGAAAGGUAAUGGAACAGGAAGCUUUGUGUUAGGGUUUUGAACCAGUAUUGUUAAUCUAUCAUAGGAAAGAGUGUGAAUGGUUUUGAAAUUUCUUUCGAUCUGAUUUUGAAGCACAGAACUGUUAAUUUUGCUGAGUGUUUAUUAAAGGGUGACUUGAUUAUUUCUUGAAUGAGAAUUCAUGCAUGUUUACGAUC